AUGCAGCUUGAUAAUGAGGAUGCCUUGGCAGGAGCAAAUAGAGCUCUAAAGAUUGCAGGAAGAUUGGAUCGAGUCUGGCUGAUGGGAAAUAAGACUUUACCGAAAGUCUUGAAAAUAUUGAUAGAAUGUGAAGAACUUGAGUCAACAUGGAAAGUAAAUAAUGCAAUGAAAGAAAUUUAGGGUAACUUCAGAGUUUUAACAGCUGAGAGAGACAAAAUUCUCAAUCUUUAUGAACAGGCACAGGAGGAAGUAUCCCAGCUUUGUCAGGAAGUUAUAAAAUGUCUCAGGACUCCUAAAAGCACUGUGACAGCUCAAGGUGUAUUAAGACACAUGGGGAUAUAAAGGGAUACAGCACUGUCAGAUUUCCAAAGGAUGCCUAGAGAACAUGAUGGCCACUGUAAAGGUUACAGGUUUGAUUCUGUCCCAUCCCACCUCAGCCCCACCCCACAGAAACUGUUUAAUGAAAAGGCUCAUUUGGAACAGAAAAUUGAAGAGCUUGAAACUACAGUUAACAAUUUAGAUAGUGAACAGUUAGAACAGAUGUCCAAAGUGGCACUAAUGUAAGACACCAUUGAUUCUCUGGAAACUGAGAUAAAAAAAUUUACAAGAAAAGUACUGGAUUCUGAAACAGAGCUGAAUUGACAGGAAGCUGAAUAUGCUUCUCUUAGUUUAUUGAAUGAAAAGACAGAACUGAAUCUUUCGGAGAUUCAGUGAAGCCUUGUGAAGAAAAAACUUGAAAUGCAGCUUAGUCAAGAGAAAAUUAUGCAUUUAGAUGUAAAAACUGACGCUUCUGAUUGCAUCCAGACAACUUCAAGAUGAAGUCUUGUACAAGAGGAGAUCUGUACUUUGAAAGAAAUAAUUGCACAACUUAAGUCAUCUUUGCAAGACUGUGUGGAAGAAGGAAAAGAGAGGAUUGCUACUUUUCAGGAAAGCCUGGCAAUUAAAGAGGAAAUUAUUUCAGAUUUCAAGAUCCUGAUUUCAGAGUUGGAGCAUUCCACAAAGCAAGGGAUGUGCUAAUGUUCUCCAUCUGUGACCAGUUUGCAUCAACUGCUGCAAGAAACCAACAAAGAACUCAGAAUAACAGAGAAUAUAACAGAGAAGAACAGAGAAUAAUUAUCUCAGGAGAACAACAGACUACAAGAGCAUCUUUCUAAUAUUAAGUGAGAAAUUCAGGUGCUGCAUAAAAAAAUAGCAGAGUACCAAACUGAGCUUGAUGAUAUGAAGUUGAAAGCCCAGGAUUCAAAAGAUAUUUUCAGGCUGAAGCAUGUGCUGAAGUCUAAACAAGCUUUAUGUGUUAGCAGAGAGAACUGCAAGCUCUUGAAGAAUUAUCCCAAAGCCUGUGAACAAGGAGGAAGUUGGGAAGCAAAAUGCCAUGAAGCAGAAACAGGCUUUUCCUGUUAGACUGGUACUGAUCAGUGCAGUCUAAGAGCCACAGUUGGAAAGGGAAAAUAAGAGUCCCUUGAAACACAGAUGGAGCAACUGGAAAGCAAGUGUGAGUCAAACCAUUCUGAAACAGAGCUGCUGAGACAACAAUUGGGAAAAUCUAUGAAAAACCUGGAAUCUUCGCUUGUGUCCAAUUGUGAGAAUGAAUUUUCUCAGAGAGCAAAGUAAGAGAAAGACUCUGAAAUUCAAUUUCUUAAUGAACAGCUUGCUUUAGUAAAAAAAAUAAUCUUUGGAUAAAUGUCCAGAAGAGCACUGCAGUUUUUCUCAUUCUUUCUAAGUGUAUUUAAACAGAGGUGGUUUUAUAUCUAGCUGCAUUUUCAAAUGGCAAGUGUAUCUUGACUACAUUAAUACCAAAAACCUGUUUCAAAUUUCUCAGUUAAACCCUAAUAGCCUCUUCUUCAUGGUGUUACAUUUUGCUCCAA